GAAACGGUUUACGCUUUACAAAUAUCUGACCGGGCUGUAAUUACUUCUGUGCCCAUGUUCAGGAUCCACGUACGUCGCGUCGUGGCACGGUGGCUGAACAUAAAAAUGGGCUUUUCGCCUUUGCGCAAGCCGCCCUCCGUCCUGUCCCAGAAAAACCGGUAAUGAUAGUUUUGCUCGCGUUAUUAAAAGCGAAACACUCCCCAACACCAUUGUAGAAAUCCGGUAUAAUAACUUGGUGGUGAAGUGAACCUCUUCCAGUUCAACCGUGGACGCCGAGCGAUUGCCUUCGUCCUUGCGAACCUUUUCCCAGUACAUAAUGGGUGCAUUAACUGAUAGUGACAAACUGAAGGCCAAGGAACGAGUUUUUGAAAAGCUUGGAAUAUCGAACAAGUCAGUGACUUUAGAUGUGGACUUGCUGAAAGAUUGGAUGGCCAAACACCCGUAUUUUCCAAACGUCGACCACUUGAAUUUGGACACAUGGUUGGAAAACCAGAUAAUAAUGGCGAAGAACAGUUUGGAAAAAACAAAAGGGAACAUUGAAAAAUACUUUUGCAUCCGGGGCAUGUGCCCAGAGCUAUUUGAGAAUAGGGAUGUCAUGGAAAGUAGUUUGAGCCUUAGUUAUGAAACCCUAACAAUAUCCUACUUACCCGGCGUGACCGACCGACUUCACAAGGUCUGCAUGGUUCGGAUUGAAGAUCAACCUGUUGAGAAUUUUCAGUUUGAGCCUAUCAUCAAACGAUGCCUUUUGGCCAUUGAGUAUUACUUAAAAGAGGGGAUUUAUUUCACUGGAUUUCACUUAGUGUUUGAUCUACAACAUUUAAAACUAAAUCACCUCGGAGCUUUUAAACUAUCACUUAUGCGAUAUAUGUCUUUAUCGAUGAAAGCUUUCCCAUUCAGUAUGGCUGUCACUGGACUCAUGAAUUGUCCGCCAUUCAUCGAAAAAGCAAUUAGCCUUUUUAAACCAUUUAUAUCGUCGAAACUUUACUCACGCAUUGUGAUCAUAAAAGACAUCGACGCUCUGAAAGAAGUAAUCGGUGACGUGAAACUGCCUAGUGAUUAUUGCAGCGACAAUUCUAUCAGUCAGAAGGAAUAUAGUGAUGCAAUGAAGCUGAAUUUUCACAGAAUCAAAGACUAUAUUUUAUGCUGUGAUAAGGUCAAAUGUGAUAAGAACUUCAAUGAUUUGAAAAGCACUUCAGCUGAAUCGGAGAUGUUUGGCACAUUCAGAGCUUUGACACUCGAUUAAAUUUUUUUAUUACAUUGUAUAAAUGCUUUUAACUGGCUGUAAAAUUGUUAAUUAUUAUAUUUUAUUAUUUGUAUUAAUUAUGAUGUAAUUUGUGAUUUUUCAUCUUAAAACGAUUAAUUCUAAAAUAUGGCAGUUGAUACUUUUCUAAUUCAUACGAUUGAAGACUAUUAGGUAAUCUAACAUUCUAUCUGGAAACCAAAAUUUUAUCUUCUUUUACCAUACUAACGCUAUUUUGAUGUAAUUGGUAUUAAAGGUACAAUAAAAUUAUUACGUUGUUAUAUAAUAUUGCCACAUUCCAAUGUCAUGAAAAUUGUGUAUAAUAUCUGUCUAAUUGUAAUAUGCACGGUAUUUGGAAAAAAAGUUUUUAAGGCUUCCUAUCACUUUUACGCUGUUUGAAAACUACAUUAAUAAAAUGUU